AUGCUGCUCAAAGUCAUUCUUAUUGCUAUAUCAAUAUUUCCAAUUUUAUCAGAUUCUCUAUUAGAUGAACUACCCAUCACAAUAGGACAGGUUCCCUGGCAGGCUUCAAUCCAAAUAAAUGGCAAACAUCAUUGCGGUGGCGUAAUUUACAGCGAGAAUAUUAUCUUAACCAUAGCUGAGUGUGUGAGAAAAGCCAAUAUAAAAACCAUAUCAGUGCGAGUUGGUUCUUCAUUAAAAAACAUCGGAGGUAUCGUGGUGAAUGUUAAGCAAAUGAGAAUGCAAGUAACGGGUCUGCGGCCCAGUGAUGUGGCCAUCCUCCAACUACAGUCAUCUCUAAAAAUGGGCCUCAAUGUCCAACCAAUACCCUUGGCCACUUCAGUGCCAGCACCUGGAACUAAGGCCACUGUCUCCGGUUGGGGUCAACUAUCAUCCUUAACUCCGCCCUCAGAAAUACUGCUAAGAGUAAAUCUUAGAAUCCAACAACAAUUUAUGUGCACCGCACGAAACGCUUUGAAGGGCAGACUGAUAAUUCUAGACGAGAUCUGCGCUGCUCCUUGGGGCAUCAUACCUCUGGCCUGUCAAGGAUUCGUCGGUGGUCCCUUGGUUUGCGGUAAUCAACUUGUAGGAAUAGUUUCCUGGAACAAUGUCUGUGAUUUCCUUAACACCCCUAGUGUUUAUGCAAAUAUUCCCUUGCUUAAAAUAUGGAUAGAUAGCACUGCCAGUUUACUAAAUGUUUUUAAACUGGGAUAA